UCGUGGCGCCAUCGAGUUUCGUUUCAGCGGCAAUCGGACGACAGUUUGUCCUGUGUGUUCGGACGAGACGGGUGUGUGAUUGAUCGCGUUCCGUCGCUCACGAAACCGAAAAGUGACAUUCGACGCGGCGUGUCGCGAACGUAUCGUGCCUAUACCCGACACAUGCGGAGAAAAGUUGUUGGUGGCAAGUGCGAGGGGAAGAAAAUACCAGUAGAACCGGUCGCGAGUCGAGGAAUGACCUCGCGUUCGCGUGUCCUUACGACAAGUCGCGAUAUGACGCGAUGAUCCUCGACGUGUUUGUCACGUCCGUCUUGACUACGUUGUUCGUUCGAUUCGUCAGUGUGCCCGCGGUGUGAUAGAAUCAAGUGCCCGAAAAUAACGCGGAGAUACGAGAGAAAAAAGGAGGGAAUUAAAAGUUUUGUUUGUUGAGUCGUUACCUGGAGUCAUGGGUGAUGUAUACGGGUUAGUUAGUGAGCUGCUCUUGAAGGAUACACCCGAGGACAGAAGAAAAAUCGACCUGACCACGCCGCUCGUCACGGUUACUAUGGUAAUUGUCUUCGAACGCAUAUAUGGGUUCAUCGUCCUCAAAGGGAUGAAUCACCGCGAGUCACCGGAUCAGGCUUGUUCCUCUUCGCGGCUGUUCCCGGCACGGAUGCCAGCAUCCUGCAGAAUAAACACAGAGAGCCGAACCGAGGCAACAGGGAUGAAAGGAUUUCUUCGAGUGUGUCGAGAAAGGACUCUGUCAGAUGAUAUGACGCAUCAUGGUGCCAAGAGAACAAUCAGAUCGAGUCUUCAGUUACAGGUUUUAGAUGAUACGAUGCAGCAUGGGGUAAAACGAACUAUCAGAUCGUCGAAUCUUCAGUUACAGACCACGCUGCUGCAGAUGUUCGUGUUGGCCAGUUUGUUCACCCUGGGCACUGCCGUUUGCCCGAACGGCUGUAUCUGCGACGACGACAACCUGAUGGUGUCCUGCAUAGGCGCGAACCUGGACGUCAUCCCCAUAGCCUUGAACCCGAGUAUCCAACGGAUAGUGCUGAAGGAGAAUCGGAUAAAGAUCGUGGACGCGGCCGCCUUCCAGUUCUACGGGGAUCUGAAGAACGUCGACCUCUCCAGCAAUCACCUCUUCACCAUUCCGAACGGCAGCUUCGACGCCCAGAAGCAGCUGGUGGAGCUGCAUCUCAGGCACAACAAGAUCUCCGCGUUGACCGAGAAGACCUUUCAAGGUCUGAGAUCGUUGACGGUGCUGAAUCUGCGGGAUAAUUAUCUGGAGAGCCUGAAGAACGGUCUAUUCGCCUCCCUGUCGAAACUGGAGGAGCUGGAUCUGGGAAAGAAUCGGAUAUCGAAGGUGGAACCUGGCGCGUUCCAGAAGUUGGGCACCCUAAGGGUGCUGCAUCUGGAUGACAAUCAGCUGAGAACAAUCCCGUCGCCAGCUUUGGCGCCAUUGAAUUCCUUGGCGGAGCUGCACAUCGGUUGGAACGCGUUUUCGUCCUUACCCGAUGACGCCUUCAAGGGGUUAGAACAGUUAACAGUGCUGGAUAUCACUGGAGCAGGGUUGGACGACAUCAGCGAUUCCGCUUUUCGUGGUCUGAACGCCCUGCGUACGUUGGAGUUAGAUGGGAAUAAACUUCGAGAGGUGCCAACCAAACAGUUGGCUGUACUGCCUCGCCUGGAAGAGCUGACUUUGGGUCAAAACUUCUUCACGACGCUAAGGUCAGGUGCCUUUCAAGGCUUGUCCAAGUUGAAGAAGCUGGACAUAUCAGCAGCGAAAUUGUUAACAAUCGUGGAACGAGGAGCGUUCUCUGACAACGCCAACCUGGAGACUCUGGUGUUGAACAGCAACAAGAGGCUAGCCACUAUGGAGGACGGCUCCCUAGCUGGUUUACCGAAUCUAAGACAUUUGAUGCUGCGAGACAACGCGUUCACAGGGUUCUCCGAGUCCCUGGUGGCCUGGAACGAGCUGCGCCGUUUGGACCUAAGCGAGAACCCGAUAGUUUGCGACUGUAGCCUGCUCUGGUUAUCCGAUGUGCUCGUCCCAAGGAAUUCUAGUCCAGUAAUAUGUGCGGAACCUCCAGAGUCCAAAGGCAAGCCCAUCAAGGGUAUGACCCCAGACGAGCUGGGCUGCGCCUUCUCGGAUCCCCGGAAACAGGCUCUGCUGGCGACUUUGUGCGCAGCUGGUCUAGUCUCGCUCAUCGGGUUAGCUCUGAUCCUCUACUAUAGAUGUCGCGGCCGGGUCCGAGUUGCCCUGAAGGACUACAAGUGGAAGAACCGCGCGAUAUCCCGCAAGGAGCACGAGUACCAGAAAACCUUUUCCGACGACGAGUACAUCGUCCGGUCUGCUCAUACGCACCACCACCAUCAUCACCAUCAGGCCCAACCUCAGCAGCUGCCGCCACACCAUCACCACCAUCAUCUUCAGCAACAGCAGCUGCAGCAGCAGCAACAACAACAGCAGCAACACUCGCAGAUAGCGGCAGGCGUCAAGCCCAUACCGGUGACGGAACUGUAGCUAGAACUUCGGGCGGCGAGCCCUG